UCAGCUUGUCCCCGGUACACCAAUACGAGUUGCGAAGAGUGCCUGAAAAAUGUCACCUGUCUCUGGUGCACCAGCAGCAAGAAAUGUGUGGAGUAUCCUGUCAGAAGCAUCCUCCCUCCCAGCAGUCUCUGUGAGCUGCGUUCUGCCCGAUGGGGAGUCUGCUGGGUGAACUUUGAAGCCUUGAUUAUUGCAGUGUCUGUGGUGGGAGGAGCGAUUCUUCUUGCUCUGGUCGUUUGCUGUUGCUGCUGUUGCAAGAAAAAAAGCAAAAAGCCAGACAAGGAUGAUGAAAGAGCUGCCAGAGAGCGCGAGAAGAGGAGAGUACAGCAAGAAGAGAGGAGAGCAGAGAUGAAAUCUCGACAUGAUGAAAUCCGGAAAAAAUACGGCUUGUUUAAGGAAGAGAACCCAUAUGCCAAAUUUGAAAACAAUUAAUGGAUCACCCUAAAGCUACCAAGCAGCACUGAAAUAUCCUCUUCCUUGGACACACAGAUCUGUACAGCACAGAGGUGGAACACAGGAUACAUUUCAGGCACCAAAAAGACUGAACAUGUGCUCCACAAAGUCUUGUCCCAACCUCUGGAUGAAGCCAGCUGAAAUUCCAAUGAGCUAUUGAAACCAGCAGAGCCGGAUGGCACCCCACUUGUUUUACCUCAGACAUUCCACUGCUGCCCGUAGCGUGCAGCAUUUUGUAUCUGAAGUGCAUUUAAUUUUUGCUGCUUCUGUUCUGUGCAAGACUCGUGGCAAUAACUUUCUCUUUGACUGUUAAUAGGUACGUAGGCAGUAUUAUUUCCACCACUGUUCUCUCUCUUGCCCAACUUGGCUUGUUAAUUCAAUCUAAAACAAGGCAGCAGUAUAUUUGCUUUGAUCUUGAAUAAGCAAGAUUGCAAGGAGCAGUUAUCUGUCCAGUCCUUUGCUUGAUAAAUACUUCACAUCUGUGAGCAGAGCUGUUUAUCUUCAUGUUCCUUUUUUAUCUGAAACAUGAGAUGGUGUCAAUUCUUUUUCAAAGGCUAGAUUGAUUGAUUUGGACUUCUUGCUCAAACUGAAGCCUUGGGUACAUUUUUUUUUCCAAGUGACAGAGCUGGACAGUCUUAACUGUGUAGUGUUAGUAUUGUUUCAACACACUCCUCUAGUAUUGAAGACAUGGGGGUGGAAUUAAGAUCAUACUUGCACUUUUUUUCCUUUAACAGAUGUUCCUUCUACUUCCAGAAUUCGUCUUGUGUAGAUGAAUUCCUUGAUCUCCUACCUCUGCUCUGUGCAUUUCUUUGUAAUUCAAGACUGAAAGCAGCCUAUAGGGUACUGUGAGCCUAUAUUAGACGCAUGUUAGUAAAGAAAAAUGUAAAGCCUUGGCAAUAUUGAAUUGAUUACUGCUUAAGUCUGAACAAAUGAAUUCUGCUUCAGUACGAAGCAUAGUUUGAUUUGACACAUUGCUUCAGCUAAAAUAUUGUUUUCAGUAAUAUGUAAUCUAUAAUGGAAUAUUCUAAUAACCAAAUAGGUUGAAUGAGGAAGUGGUACAGAAAGGACAGUGUAGCAUGGUAAGACAACCAGCAGGCUUCCAUGUGGUACAAUCCAACAAGCUUGCAUAUCGUAAAAGAAGUAGCAGGUUCUUCUGGCUGCGCUACAUUUGUGCCCUGCGCACUGGGGUAUGGAAUGAGUGUAACUCUGUGCUUGACGACCUGAGCCAGGUUAUGCAAUGCACAUUUAAUCUGUAUUUUAAACAUGUCACAGGAAUGUGGAAAGGGUGGAUUAACAAGCAGUCGUAAAGGUUGGGGGGAGGGAGGGGAGGUUAUUUGAUUGUUGUUUUACUUUUUUUAUAAAACACUAGAACAUGGCAAAUGACUGCCAUCCCUGACAGCAGAAUGCAGGUGGGGCACUAGAGCCCUCUGGGCUCACGGAGCAUUUGCAUUCCAGUGUUCCUCUGGACCAUGGGCUCAAGUGCACUUGCAGUUGAAGAGGAACGUAUGAUAAUCCAGACUAAAAAUAGCUGUAAACAGUUCCGAUGGUUUAAACUUCUUUCACCAAAGUGAAGCCUGUCUGCCUUGCAGAGAGUAGAUGUUAAAAUCCCAAGUGUGGGAAGUCUUGAAAAUGUAACCUGAUUAGAAUACUGCACAGUGCUUGGGAUGGAAGCAUUGCUGUGGGCUUCCUUGAAACACUUUGCUAUAACUUCACAUUUUUAUGGCACUUUGGUCUCUUGAGAUGCACACAGUUUUUAAAAUGAGAAGCCUUUUGAACUGAACUCUGAACUUUUAAAAAAAAAAAAAAAAAAUUAAGUUAUCUCCACAGGAGAAACACUGUUUUUGUGUUUUUGGUUUUUUUUUUUAUGUUGAUUUUUGGAGGGGGGAGGGUAUCUUAAAAAGGUCAAAGCAGUGCUGAGCUGUGCAGAGCACUUCAUGGUACUAUGAAGGCAUGUAUUUGCUUCCACUAAUGCUGGGUGUGAAAUCAUGAGACUGGCAAGAGAGAUUAAAAACUGUGCCUUUCUCCAUGCUGCUGGAAGGAGUGCACAUACCAUUCCAGAUGAGCAAAACAAACUGAUUAUGUAAAUGACUGACUUGGCUAAUAGCAAAUAAACUGAUUUAGUAAGUAA